CCUCCUUUAAAGCUGCCUGGUGCUCAGGCAACACUCUAUUGGAAAACUGCAGAGAUGGCAGCUGUUUGGAUGCUCGUCUGUAUGCUGACUGUUUGUCUGGCCAGAGAUCUGUCUGCCAAUGAGAUCUCCUUAAAGAAAGCCUUUGCACCUUUCCAGUCGAUGGAGUCCAUGUUGGACCAAGAUGCUCGAGAAGUACAACUGGAAACCAAUGAUGUGGAAGCUGAUGCGUCUGGUCACCAGAAUCCUGAACAAAAGCCCCAGAGCGUCAACGAGACAACAAAUGUCCAGAACCAGGUCGUAACAAGGGACAACGGCACGGAGGGGGGAGUCCAGAACCGGGUCGUCAUUAGGGGAAAUUCCACUGCGGGUCAUGACCUAAAAUGGGUCAUCAUAGGAGGCGACUCCACAACUGAGGACGUCCAGAACCGGGUCGUCAUUAGGGGAAACGCCACGGCGGGGGGCGUCCAGAACUUGGUCAUCAUUAAGGACAAAGCCAAGACGGGGGGCGUCCAGAACCUGAUCGUCAUUAGCGAACCCGCCACAGCAGAGGCUGUCCAGAACCGGAUCGUCGUUAGGGGAGUGGCCAAGGAGGGGGACGUCCAAAAAUGGGUCGUCAUUGGGGUAGACUCCACGACUGGGGACGUCCAGAACCGGUUUGUCAUUUGGGGCGAAGCAACGACUGGGGGUGUCCAGCAGAACCUGGUUCCCAUGGACAAUGGCACGACGGGGCGCGUCCAGCAGAACAACGGCACGCCGGGGGGCGUCCAGCAGAACAACGGCACGCCGGGGGAAGUCCAGCAGAACAACGGCACGACGGGGGGCGUCCAGCAGAACAACGGCACGACGGGGGGCGUCCAGCAGAACAACGGCACGACGGGGGGCGGCCAGCAGAACAGCGGCACGACGGGGGGCGUCCAGCAGAACAACGGCACGACGGGGGGCGUCCAGCAGAACAACGGCACGACGGGGGGCGUCCAGCAGAACCUGGUUCCCAGAGACAACGGCACGACGGGGGUCGUCCAAACAACGGCACGACGGGGGGCGUCCAGCAGAACAACGGCACGACGGGGGGACAUCCAGCAGAACAACGGCACGACGGGGGGCGUCCAGCAGAAAAACGGCACGACGGGGUGCGUCCAGCAUGAGCACAAAGUACUCCUGGAUACCCAUAAAGUAGACGACCAGAUGUUGAACGGGACGAUGAGCGACGAGGAAAAGUUGAACGGGACGAUGAGCGACGAGGAAAAGUUGAACGGGACGAUGAGCGACGAGGAAAAGUUCAAUGGGACGAGGAAAAGUAAAAGUUCAACGGGACGAUGAGCGAGGAGAUAUUCAAUACUGCAUAGAUUCAUCUCGUAUAUUUCGACUGCCUUGGAGAGCUUGAUAUCGGAGACGUUAUCUUAGCAAUAUAAUAAAACGUGUAUACAUUUCUUAAAUAA